AUGUCUGGUUCGCUGCUCCAGUCCUCAGUCCCAGUCCUAAGUCUCAGUCCCAGUUCUCAGUCCCAUUCCCCAGUCCUCUGUCCCAGUCCCCUGCCCCAGUCCUUAGUCCGGCCUCUGCCCCAGUCCUUAGUCUCAGUCCCCUGUCCCAGUCCCCUGGCCCAGUCCUUAGUCCGGCCUCUGCCCCAGUCCUUAGUCUCAGUCCCCUGUCCCAGUCCCCUGGCCCAGUCCUUAGUCCGGCCUCUGCCCCAGUCCUUAGUCUCAGUCCCCUGUCCCAGUCCCCUGGCCCAGUCCUUAGUCCGGCCUCUGCCCCAGUCCUUAGUCUCAGUCCUCUGUCCUCAGUCGCAGUUCUCAGUCCACACCCUCUCUGGCCUGGUCUUGCCCCAGUCCAGGCCCAGUCCAGGCCCAGCUCGCGGUGCCAGGGAAGGGGUAGAGGGAGCGGUCUUAUGA